AUGGUUAUGACUCUAGCUCGUCCAGUUCGUCCAGCUCGUCAAAAGUUGGCAGAAUUAGCGGAAUUAGCAGAGUUAAAAGAAAAGGUUAUUGCAACUGAUACUUCACAUCUAAUUUUAACUAGAGCCAUUUCUUUACUUCCAUACGUUCUUGCUGAAGGAAUUAUGAAGAACGCACGGACAAAUUUAAUCAUGGGUCUUUGGGAAUGGGUCAACUAUAAAGUCAUUAUUUAUGGACUUCCAUUAAAGCAUCACGAAACUUUUAUUGGAACUCGUGCUGAUAAUUCAGGAAAAGAAGCUGAUGCAUGCUUUCGCUCUUCAAAACCACCAAAUGAACCCUGGCCGGUGAAAAAGUAUUGGUUAGGUAAUAUGAGUCGUGUUCAUGAUGCAAUAGUCAUCAAGAUUGAUACAGUUUCUAGUGGCGAAGUUCCUACACGCAUGCAGUUUGAAUUUGGUACCCAUAACGAAUAUGGAAAUUCAACAAACAUUCAACAAGGCCAAUGCGUUAUCAAAAUUUCUCUGGAUUGUUUGUAUCAUGAUACAGAUCCAAUUGUAUUGGAUUUCUUGCUAAUUCGAAAUGAAUUCCUCCGUAUGUGUGAAACCAAUUAA